GCGAAAGAGAGGAAGUACUAUCAAACGAACUUACCUCAAACAAUUCUUGAAAAAACAAUCGUAGAAUCUUGUUCCAAGCAUGACCAAAAAUAUCCAUUUCUUUUUUCUGUUCAUCUUCCUAAACAUUCUUGAAUUUAGUGUUCAUUUAACCAAAUCAAAUCCACUUUCCCAAUUCCCAUGUCAGCCACCUCAUCACAAAUAUACUUUCUGCAACAAAAAAUUGCCAAUCUCCACAAGAGUUCACUCCUUAAUCUCCUUACUCACCAUUGAUGAGAAGAUUUUACACCUCUCUGAUAAUACAACUUCAAUACCUAGACUUGGUUUGCCAGCAUAUGAAUGGUGGUCAGAAUCUCUUCAUGGUAUUGGCACUAAUGGACCUGGGAUCAAUUUCAAUGGCCCCAUUAAAGGUUCUACAAGUUUUCCCCAAGUUAUUCUUACUGCAGCUGCUUUCAAUAGAACUUUGUGGCAUUCGAUUGCAUCGGCUAUUGCAGUUGAGGCAAGGGCUAUGUAUAAUACGGGUCAAUCUGGGCUGACAUUUUGGGCGCCUAAUAUUAAUGUUUUUAGGGAUCCCAGAUGGGGUAGAGGUCAAGAAACGCCAGGGGAAGAUCCAAUGUUGGUUUCUGCUUAUGCUAUUGAGUAUGUAACGGGAUUUCAAGAGCUGAAUUCAAAGGCGGAUAAAGAAAGUAGGAAUGGACAUGGAUUUGGCAAUACCAGGAGGGUUCUUAAAGAAGAUGAUGAUGAUGGUGAUAGGCUGAUGUUAUCCGCUUGUUGUAAGCAUUUCACUGCAUAUGACUUGGAGAAAUGGGGUAAUGUUACCAGAUACAACUUCAAUGCUGUGGUGACCAAGCAGGAUAUGGAGGACACGUUUCAGGCACCUUUUCGUAGUUGUAUCCAACAAGGUAAGGCCAGUUGCUUGAUGUGCAGCUACAAUAGUGUGAAUGGAGUACCCGCAUGUGCAGAUAAGGAGCUUUUAGAUAAAGUCCGAACUGACUGGGGGUUUGAUGGAUACAUCACCUCUGAUUGUGAUUCUGUGGCUACUAUAUAUGAAUACCAAAAUUUCACCAAAACUCCAGAAGAGGCAGUUGCUGUUGCUCUUAAAGCAGGAACAAAUAUAAACUGUGGAACAUACAUGCUGCGACACGUGAAAUCUGCAUUCCAGCAGGGGAAUGUGCUUGAAGAAGACCUAGACAGAGCACUGCAAUACUUGUUUUCUGUUCAAUUCCGGCUUGGUCUUUUUGAUGGAAACCCUGCAAAGGGACAGUUUGCAAAAUUUGGACCUAAAGAUGUCUGCACUUCUAAUAACUUGAAUUUGGCCCUUGAUGCAGCGAGGCAGGGUAUUGUGCUUCUUAAAAAUGACCAGAAGUUCUUGCCAUUGGACAAGAGAAGUAUUUCUACAUUAGCUAUAAUAGGUCCUAUGGCAAAUGUGAGCAGUCCGGGUGGUACUUACACAGGAGUGCCAUGCAAAUUAAAGAGCAUACGUGAGGGGUUUCACAGUCAUAUAAAUAGAACACUUCAUGCAGCUGGUUGCCUGGACGUAGGAUGCAAUUCCACUGCUGGUUUCCCGGAUGCUAUUUCUAUUGCUAAAGAAGCUGAUUAUGUAAUUAUUGUGGCUGGGUUGGAUUUAUCCCAGGAAACUGAGGAUCGCGAUCGGUAUAGUCUUCUCUUACCAGGUUACCAAACAAAUUUAGUUACCACUCUUGCAGCUGUAAGUAAGAAACCAAUCAUUUUGGUUCUAACUGGUGGUGGACCUGUUGAUGUAUCCUUUGCUGAGAAAGACCCAAGAAUUGCUAGUAUCUUAUGGGUUGCUUACCCUGGAGAGACUGGUGGCAAAGCACUUUCCGAGAUAGUUUUUGGAUAUCAAAACCCAGGUGGAAAAUUGCCCAUCACUUGGUACCUUGAGUCAUUCACCAAAGUGGCAAUGACUGACAUGAAUAUGAGAUCUGAUCCUUCGAAUGGUUAUCCGGGAAGAACCUAUCGGUUUUACACUGGAGAUCCGCUAUAUGGAUUUGGGCAUGGAUUGAGCUAUACAAGCUUCUCUUCGCAGCUAUUAUCUGCACCAAACAGAUUGAGUUUAUCACUUGCUAAAUCUAAUUGGAAAAGGAGUAUACUUGCCCAAGAACGCAGUAGGCUUGGUUACAUUCCUGUUGACGAAGUGCCAAGUUGUAGUUUGUCUAAUUUCUUCAUUCAUAUCGAUGUCGCGAACGAUGGGGACAUGGAUGGAAGCCAUGUUCUGCUGUUAUUCUCACGUGUGCCUCAGAAUAUUCAAGGUGCUCCACAAAAACAACUGGUGGGAUUUGAUCGUGUGCAUGUCCCAGCACGUAAAUCUGUUCAAACAAGUCUGUUGGUAGAUCCUUGCGAGUUUCUUAGCUUUGCAAAUGACCAAGGCAACAGAAUACUGGCACUUGGUGAACAUACUCUCAUUUUAGAUGAUAUUGAGCAUAUUGUAUCCAUUGAAAUGUGAUAAGAUCCAUCAUAGUUAUGAGGAAGUCAAAUGGCAUCUGGGUUGAAGGUUUUUCUUGCCUGAAAUGUUCAUAGAAUAAGAAUACUGUUGUGAGUUGUGACCUGAUUCUCAGAUUCUUCUCCAUUCAGUGCCAGAGCAUGAAGUUGAGGAAUUAUAGGAUUUCAAGCUAAGGUGAUGUUAUGCAAAGAUCAGUACAUAUGGAGUAUUUUAAUGAUUAGUACAUAUGGAAGCUAUAAAUGUCGCCAAUACCUUCAAUGUACAGCGAUGUCUUCACAUGAAACAAUAGCACGAAUGUUCCUUUUAUUUUUCUUUUCUUGUUUAUGACUUCUUCUAUUUUACCCCUACCUAGGAGCUAUCCCACCUUUUCGUUCACUUGGUGACUCAAACCUACAACCUUAACAUUGGAGGUGGAGGGUGCUUACCAGUUGAGCAGCCCUUCGUCUCUUUGUUUUAUGACUUGUGAGAGAAAAGGGUUCUUUCUGGUUGUGGUUGUCUGUGUUGUAGUUUCCCUUUCUUAA